AUGGCUUUGUAUAUUGAGCCUAACAGAUGUCACAGCGGCUCGCCACGCCAAAGGGUGGGUAACCCAACCCUCGAGAACGUGGCGGAAGAAAUGCUGAACGGGCUCUUCUGCCAUUACGAGCCUCCCGACCAGUCUCGGCGAGAUCGAAGUGAUUCGGGCCUGACCAGGUCCAUCCUCCUCCCUCCUCGUGAUUUCCGCCAGCAAAGUGUCCGCUCUAAAAAAGAAGUGCGUUGGUCCGACAGUAUCAAAGAAUCGCAAGACAACGGGUCUCCCAGAGCGAUUCACUGCAACGUCGGUUCACACUGCGUCGACGCUGGCAUCGAAGCCGGAUGCGUCGACCCUGAACACAAGGGAGUUACCCGCGAUUACUUUGCCAAGUACGACUACGAUUUGCAGCAAGUCGACAGUACUGAAAGUGGCGCGCCGUUUCGUCCUUCUUGUCUCCACAAGAAUGUAGUCUUUGAUGACGACGGGAACCCGAUUGCAUCCGUUCCCGGGACCCCGAUCCCUACGCUCCCCCCUCUCCCUCCGCUUCCAUCCAGGAGGGAGCGAUUUAUUCCCGAGCUUUGUGGUAUUGGUAUCAAUUGUGGCGAAGACGAAGAGGAAUUGCGUGAGAUGUGCGCUUCCAAGCCGUAUCGUAGGCCUUCGCAACCGUACGACUACUCCGAAGACGAUGAAGACAACUCUCUUCUUCUUGAAGAAAACAACUAUGAAAUUCAAGGAAGGGCAACAUUCAAGACUCGCGGGCGCAAAUCUCUUCCCACCCCCGCCUCCAGUCCGCCCACCGAAACCAAGUCGUCCCCAACAAAGAACAACGUAAAUGGAUCAACAUUACACGAGGCCGACUGGGAGACUACUUCCAACGCAUCCUCGUCACUGUUUCGCCGUAUACUUCCUCGUUGGAAACGUAACGGCAGCAAGCAUAGAGAAGCAGUUUCUGAAGAGCAGGCAGUUCUCGAUCCAAUUGAACGGCAGCGGGCAGAAGACAAUAGAAAGGCUGAAAAGGCUUCCUUCUUGCUUAAGGAUUCGAAACUAAGAGCUUCGCAAGCAUCCACAUGCGAAGAAAACAACGACUGGGACGACAUUGUACCAGUCGCUCCACUUUUGAAAACGGAAAUUUCGAGUCAGCUCCCUCAUAGGCCCGCUGCGUGUCAACCCACUAGUAACGCCGCUGCCCUUUAUACCGUUCCAAAAUUGGAAGCAGCAAAGCGCGACCCGUCUCCUAGCCGGGGGCGAGGCCGCAGUGAUAGUCUCGACAAGAAAGAGAAACCCAGACGCGGUUUUCUGAAACGACGAAAGAGAUCCAAGUCGCCCUCGUUGCCCGGAAAUUCUUUAGUUGUCUUGAACGCGCUUCAAGAUAAAACCGACUGUGAGCGCAAAAGUGCCAUUGUGGCUCACAGGCAAGGACUAAAUCAAACGGGAUUGCAACAGCCUCUUCCGAUGGGAAAAAACCCUUAUCAGCCUUCUCCAGCAAACCCAUCCCGUGAAGAACUUCUUCUCAAAAGGCAACAACAGAAAUCUGCAUCUAUUCCUCCAAAUUUGAUUUCGAGGGAACAUGUGGACCAACAACAACCGCCAAUCAUACAACAGCAACGCAAUGCUUUGGCGCAACCGCAGUUAAUCCAUGAUUCUCGCUUUCAUCCAGCACAUCCUUUGAAUCGUUCUGUUAGCGGCAGCAAUGGCAACAGUCAUUCUCUUCAUGCAACCCACAAACAGCUUGUGGAUGCAGUAGAUGAUCGAACAGAGCGAAUGAGUUUCAUUGCAGCUCACCGUCAGGGCUUCGAUGAAGACAUAAGGGUGGCCACUCUCGCCCAGUCCUCCCGUCACGAUGUACCAGACUGUCUUGACGAUCAAAUGGAGAGAAUGAGUUACAUCACCGCUCAUCGUAAGAGUUUUGGCGACGGGUCAUUUCAUUCUGCGAAAACGCCGUCGCAGAUGACAUUGAUACAUGAAUGCCAGCCUCUUGCAGAUUACCGCGGAGGUAUACCAUCGACCGGGCGUCAUUAUUCUCCCCACGAUCAACGCAUUUCCUUAGAGCAACCUUUCAAAGACAAACGGAAAAUAACAAGGGUGGAGCAAAAAGCUCUGAAGAAGCUCGAUAGGGAACAACGCAACGAAAUGCGAAGCGUAGAGCGCUUGAUUCGAGUACGUAAUCCUACGCAGCACUUAAAGACUUUAGGGUCAUCGAAUCCGCAAAAUUCGGCCAUAUUCCGAAAAGUUGAUGUACCCGCUCGAAGUCCAAGCCAUCAAUCUUCCUACCAAGAACCACCGUUGCCUUUCCGUCCAGUUGAGAAUGUGGAUCAAACCAACCCCAGCCAAGAUCCUCCAGUCCAGACCACUGGCUCUUUUGAAAAGUUUGAGGGAGAGAAACCUAUUGAAACUACUUGGGAGGAAAGAACACGAUUAGCUUGGGAGCGUCUGCGGGGAAGCUUCACCAUGGAGAGCGCGACGGAAAAAUCCAACGAAGAGGCCCAACUGUUACGCCCGCCUAUAUCGAACCAGUCGCCCUCCCAGCAAGUACGGGGCAUUCUGAAGAUACCGUCGCACGAGAAGCGCGUGACCUUCGGUCAAGACACAGAACACAUUUUUGACAAGGCAGAAGAGAACAUACCAAUGCAGAGUGAAAACGGGUCUUACGUUCAAAAUACCGGUAGGCUAUCCACGACAAUGCCACAGCCACUGGGUAUGGUCGACCUUACGGAUCAGCACGGUCGAGUCACCAUGCCAUCCAUGUAUCCCCAGAACCUGCCACCCAUUUCAUCCAGCAAGAAAACAAAAAAAGUCUUUCGCGGCGCAAGGAUUUUCAGCGAACUAUUUCGAAAAGGGAAGAAGCGUAGCAGCCGUAGCAAAAUGACAAAGGGAUCGUUCCGAGUCAACCCUAUGGAAAUCGUCAAUUCACUCUCAACUGAAAUUACCACCCCGUCUAUCUCACGUUCUGGGGAUGAGUAUGAUAUGCUUGGAAAUACCGCGAUGGGCUACAACGUAAUGCACGCCGUAUAG